GGAGAUGUUUCCAAUGUAUAACUGUAAUAUCAUGUGAGUAGGGUUAUCUGAACUGGAUCUGAAUUGGUUGAAGAGAAUUGGGAUCUGCCCUCACUGAGCGAUCCUCACACUAACUUUACAGCCACAUCCCACCCUGUAUGGGAAACAUCUCAGUCGGUAUGAGGAGCGCUUCGUGAGGACUCGAUCGAAGAACCCUAAAUAGUUAGUUAAAAUAACUUUAACGGUCAUCCAGACUUGGACGGAUUACCGACUGUUUACCCGCCAAAACUCUUGAAUGAAAAGGGCAACGUGGCAUGCGCUUUCGUCGGGAAUUCCUGCGGAGAAUGGGCAGCCAAAAUUUUCUCGUCAGUUAGAUUCUUGGAGUUGACCAGCCACUAGAGAGCAGGGACUCAGAGAGUCGUCGACUCGUCGACAGUAGGAGGGAUUGGGGAAGCAAGUUUUGUAAAUUGCAGGUUGGUAAGGAAUUAGUUACAUGGGAUCCCUUUCCUCCGGCCGUCAACGCUUGCUUUCUCACACCAAGCUGUUGGCCUCUCACGUAAACCAAGGCCGCUACGAGCAAGCCCUCGCCCUUUUUCAUGUCAUGCACACCUCUCCUCAUCUCGCUCUCGACGCUUUUGUCUUUCCCCUUGCUCUCAAGUCUUGCGCUGCCCUCCACCGCCCACAACUCGGCGCCACCAUCCAUGCCCACACUACCAAGGCCGCCUCCGUCUCCAAUCCCUUCAUAGUCUGUGCCCUGGUCGACAUGUACGGGAAGUGCGUCUCAAUCUCUGCCGCUCGCCAGUUGUUCGAUGAAGCUCCUCAACGGAAUGUUGUCGUUUGGAACGCAAUCAUUUCACUCUACUCCGGCUCCAAGGAUGUCGCCUCCGCACUCAAGUUGUUUGAUCUUAUGGAUAUUACACCCAAUGCGUCAACUUUCAAUUCGAUCAUUGCCGCAUUGUCUGAAUUGAGAAGUGGUUCUCCUGAAGCACUUGCCUUUUAUAGGAGAAUGCAGGUGUCAGGUGUAAAACCAAAUUUAAUAACAGUUCUUGCUCUCCUACCCGCUUGCGUUGGUGUGGCCGCUUUGAACCUUGUUAAAGAGAUUCAUGGCUACUCGAUUAGGAAUGGCAUUGACCCACAUCCCCAGUUAAGCAGUGGUUUUGUCGAAGCCUAUGGCCGAUGUGGGUGUCUUGUCAGCGCAUGUUGGGUUUUUGAACGGAUGUACGAAAGAGAUGUAGUUGCAUGGAGCGCCAUGGUCUCUGCUUAUGCACUACACGGGAAGGCUGAAGCUGCGCUGGCAACCUUCAAAAAAAUGGAAUUGGCAAAAGUAGAGCCCGAUGGAAUUGCAUUUCUUGGAGUGCUGAAAGCUUGUAGUCACGCAGGAUUGGCCGAUGAGGCCUUGGGGUACUUCACACGAAUGCGCACGCACUAUAAUGUUAAAGCUGAUAGCAACCACUAUGCAUGUUUGGUGGAUGUUUUGAGUCGGGCAGGGAGGCUUCACGAAGCUUACAAGGUCAUAUGUGCAAUGCCAAUGGAGGCGACAGCCAAAGCCUGGGGAGCUCUUCUUGGGGCAUGCCGGACUUAUGGAGAAGUGGAACUUGCGGAAAUUGCUGCGCAGGUUUUGUUCGAUAUAGAGCCAGAUAAUGCUUCAAAUUUCAUACUCUUGGCAAACAUCUAUGCAAGUGUAGGCAGAUUAGAGGAAGCAGAGAGACUGAAGAGGGAGAUGAAUGAAAGGGGUGUGAAGACAAUGCCUGGUAGUAGCUGGGUUAUUUGUCAUGACUAACUCAAUCAGGGAUUGCUCUAUGUCUGCAUUGCUCAAAUUUGACCUUUGGGGGUAUAUAUCUUUGAAAUCCAUCCCAUUCUUUUCGGUGGUUGAAGCUCUUGCCAUCUUAACCAUCUGAACAAUGGACCAAGAAGGAUGUCUCAACAACACCAUGAUAAGCACAGGACCUAUUGAUCAAGGUGACCCAGUGAGAGCUGAAUUUUAUGGCUUCUAUUUCUGGGGUGCAAAAAGAUAAGGAUAUGGGAAUUACUAGGCUGAUUGUUGAAGGGGACUCAAAUAUAGUGGUUGGCUGGUUGAAAAAAAAGGAGAAAGGGUUCUAUGGAAAUUCAGAUAUGAUAUCAAGAAAUAUGCAAAUCCAAGUAAGAUGGAUUAGGAGGUGUGUGGGCGGGUGGAUUAGCUAAGCAAAGAAUUCAUAGGCAGCAUUUGUUCUGGGCUCAAUGUUAAUUGUGUGGCGGGAUUUUUGAUGUAAAGGGUCUGUGCCCUAACAACUUCUUGUUGUACCCUUUUGUUCUUUAAGUUGCUGAUGAAAAAAAAAAAAAAAGAGUAUUGACAUAGUUUUAAUUAAAAGGGCAUGAAAUUUUUUAACCAAGUUUGUUCAAACUUAUAGAAUUGACAGUCUAAUAAUGGAGAAAGAGAGAUUGGUAAUGGCAAUGGGGGAACAUUUGAAUGGAUCAGUAAUUUGCCAGAUGGCAUUCUUCAAUGCACCUUUUUUUCUGAUCAGUACAUUCUUCAAUACAUCCUCUCUGAGUUGUUGACCAGAGCUUCUGCAAGUACAUUUAUGAAGUGACAUGGAGACCAUAAGAUGAAGAGUUUCUUGGGUUACUUCUCUCCUGAUGAAAAGUAUUUCCUCUAUCCAUCAAAUGGAUAUAAGUUGCUGUUAUGAAAGGUAUGCAAAAGAUUGAUCUUGUCUUGAAUACAGAAUCUAAGUGUGACUUGAUCCACCUAACGUAGGGACCAUUUGAUAACAGUUGAGGUGGCUGAACUGAAAAACUUAUUACUUUGUC